AUGUCUGCCGGUCUCAAAACCAUCAUCGCACUCUCCUUCGUGCUCGCCGUCGGAUUUCUCCUCGUUAUCCUGUCUUGUGCGCUGUGGAAGGUCUACUAUCCUCUGCUUGUUGUCGCCACAUAUGUCAUUGCGCCCAUUCCCAACUGGAUCUGCGGACACUGCGCCAACCCCGAUGAUUUCGUCGAGAGCUCCGGUGCUGCAGUUCUAGAUCUUGGACGUUUCUUUACAGGAUUCUUUGUUGUUAUGGGAAUCGCUCUACCUGUCGUCCUCGCACACUCCGGCCUCAUCGAAGUCCAAGCCAUGGUUAUGUCCAUAAUCGGUGGUCUACUGAUUUACGGAACCAUUGUCAGCUUCGGUAUGUUCUUCCACGAGGAGCAGGAUUUCUAA